CAGAAAGAAGGAAAUCUAGCAUUCGGCCUCCUCCAUAUUAAAGAAGCAAUGCGAUUCAUUCUGCUGGUCUGGUUCCUCAUUCUUGAUGUGGUUCAAUCCCAAUCGGUUGUCAAGACACUGCCAGGUUUCUCCGGCGAGCUGCCCUUCAAACUCGAGACCGGGUACAUUGGAGUUGGGCAGUCCAAUGGGGUGCAGCUGUUCUACUACUUCGUCGAGUCAGAAAGGAGUCCAAGAGACGACCCUCUGAUGAUUUGGCUCACUGGUGGUCCCGGUUGUUCGGGCCUCGCGGCUCUUCUUUAUGAAAUUGGUCCAUUAAGAUUUGACUAUGCGAAAUCAAGUGCAGGAAAUAAGCCAACCUUGGCGUUGAAUCCCUACUCAUGGACUAAGGUGGCCAAUAUAAUAUUUCUGGACCAGUUUGCUGGGGCUGGAUUCUCAUAUUCAACCACUCAAGAAGGAUACUACAACGGAGACUACAAAUCAAUCGCAGAAAUAUAUGAAUUCCUGAGAAAAUGGUUUAGAGAUGUUCAUCCCGAGUUUUUACCGAAUCCGCUUUACAUAUCUGGUGGUUCUUAUACCGGCCUAACUAUUCCGGUCAUCAUCCAGCAUAUACUGGAUGAUAAUCGAGCUGGACAGCAACCCCAAUUGAAUCUCAAAGGGUACGUUCUUGGCAACCCACUGGCAGACGUAACCAGUGACCUCAAUUUACGAAUUACAUUUGCUCAUGGUCACGCUCUCAUAUCAGAUCAACUCUAUGAGUCCCUUAAAAAGAACUGCAAGGGCAAGUACGUGAACGCAGACCCUGCCAAUGUGGCAUGUGCGCUCGACCUUCAAGUUUAUGAUUGGUGCGUUGGGAAGCUUUUUGAUGAGAAUAUAUUGGAACCCCACUGUAGAUCAUCUGAGUCUCACAAGCCAAAUACAUUCCAGUGGGCCCGAAAUAACCUCGGGGACGGUCUCGAGCCGAUCAACGAGCGCACGGCUACUCAACUCCCUGCCGAACCAUGGUGUCGGGAGCACAACUAUAUAUUAUCGCACAUCUGGGCCAAUGCCAAGAUUGUGCAGGAAGCCCUUUACGUUCGAGAGGGAAAAAAAACUGGAUGGAUGAAGUGUAAUAUUAGCUCAACUUACGCUUACGAAAUCAUGAACGUUAUGGAUUACCACCAGAACUUUACUCGCACUGGGCUUCAAGCCCUAAUUUACAGCGGGGAUCAUGACAGUGUUGUCCCGUAUGUGGCAACGGAAGCAUGGAUCGAGAGAUUAAACAUUUCUCUUAACUCCGAAUGGGAGCCGUGGUUUGCGGACGGCCAAGUUGCCGGAUAUACCAUGCAGUACACGCACAAUAGUUUCGUGCUAACUUAUGCGACUAUUAAGGGAGCUGGACACGCUGCUCCGGAGUACAAGCCCCAGCAAUCCCAAGCCAUGUUGAAGAGAUGGUUCGCUUAUUACCCUCUCUUACGAGCAGAUCAACAUUCUCCCAGCUAGCUACCGGUACUUGAGCACCGUGUCCAUUGCUUGUAUCACUCGCUUGCUGUCAGUUGAUACGUAGAGUGAAGCAAGCGCAUUUUUACUGUGGUGGCACAUUGCGAAGUCGGAAUGGAACCGCGGCCUAUUUAAAUUGUAUCAAUUGGUUAUUAGAGGAUAUCUAUAUUCUACUCAAAAUUCUCUUGAAUUUACGUUGUAAUCAUUGACAAGCAUAAACUGCAUUUAUGCUCAUUCUCCAACCAAGUCGGUCUCUCUUUUGAUCUC